AUGGCACCUUUUCCUCUGAUCUCGCUGGUGCACGUCAUCGCCGGCCGAGACGCGUCCGCCCACGACGUCUCGUCCUCCUGCGCCGCCUCUGUUGGCGAGCCCUGCCUUCAGGUCAUCUGUUCGUGGCCUUUGUCGGGGCAGUAUGGUCUCGGUCAGAGGGUUCUUUAUUACGCACUCGUAGCGACUUGCGUGCUCGCCAGGAAGGCCGAGUGGAUCAGAAACGUUGGUCUCGCCGCUGCGCUUAUUCUGCCCGCCGUCGCGGCUGUGCAUGGAAUCUUCUUGGCCGCGUUGCACGUUGAUGGGGCCAUCGAUCUCGACGUCUACGGCGCCCUGCAGUACUGCUCCAUAGGCGUCCUGGCCGGACCCGUCACCGUCAAGUUAUCCUCCACCUACUCCCACCAACGAGGACGCAACAUCAUCUUCCUGUGGACCGGCCUAAUCCUCGCUGGUCUCCUAAGCUUGGCCGUCGAGUUUUACCGCGUCAACCCGACGCCAUGCUUCUCCGACGAUGCCGCUGGCCUCGUUUCUCAGCACCCGGCUCGUUUCCCCUACGGCACCGCUAUGUGCGGGCUCACGUGCUCGCAGCAGCUUGGCCCGUCGUCUCUCCUGCGGACCAAGGCCGCUAGCGAAAUAUACGUCGUGCCUGUACCCGUCACGCUCCCGCUCGGCACCUCCAUGUUCCUCGCCGCCGCCGAGUGCGUUCCCGCCAUCCUCUCUCUGGUGUCCUUGUUGGCCAAGAUCAGGAACAACCCGGACGAUGAGGAGAGUUCCAACACCCCCAUCCCGGGGGCCAACGGCGCGACCUUUGGAAACAUGAAGAGCGUCAAUGCCAGCAUCAGGGGUUUCCUCAACGCGGUGGAGAUACCCGUUUUUGCCGGCGCCGUCGUCGCCAUUAUCGUUAUCGGGGAGAUCAACUUCUCCAGCCCUCAGAUGGACUACCACACCGAGCCCAUCGGUAGCAUUGGUCAAUGGGGCACCAUACUCGCAACCGGCAUGGCCGCCCUGGGCUCCUUGUACGUCUAUCUCGCCGGUGAAGUCGUGAUGAGCACAGGCGAAAGGGCCUCAGGAGAACCGAGUAGCCCAGGCCGCAUGAGCCGGAAAAGAACCAAUGACCCCGAGAUGGUUGACGUCCGGCAGGAUUCUCUCAUCAGGUCCACCUCUGGCAUGACCGACCUCGACCAGGACCAGGGCUACAGACGCACAGUCUCCAACGCUCUCAUAAAGGUCAACGGGUUCUUCGGCAACCAGAUGCAACGGCCGCUAAGGCCCUACGAGUUUGGUAUCGGCGUGUGGCCCCAGAUACCGGGGGAAAGAGAACGCAACGAUAACUUGAACCGGACGAUCGACCAGUUCAGUACGCGUAACCUCCGCCUGUCCAUGAGCCGAGACUCGAACGAGUCCCCUUCGGGAAGUGAAGGUGACUCGAUAACACCGACCCCAGGGUCGCCCAAAUCGAGAGAAGGGGGGUCCGUGGCGGCGUCUUCAUCGCGACAACUACGAAAAGGCAGACGGUAUACCGACCCAUCCGGAUCGCGUUCCUUUGGGCAGCGCCAGGAGAGCACGCCAUCUUCCUCUACGGAGCCCGAGAUGAUUCACAGAAAGUCCCGCAGUGCGACGCUGCAGGUGCCGACGUUGCGCCGCUCGUGA